AUGCCGUCUACUGAGGCUCAAGCAAUACUUAUUCGCACUGCCUACGAGAACGCCGGGCUGGACUUCGAUCCUACCGGCUAUUUUGAGGCUCAUGGCACUGGUACAAUUAUCGGUGAUCCCCUGGAGUUCAAUGCCAUCGCACAAAGUCUGAAUGGCCCUACAAGGACGUCUCGCCUUAUCGUCGGCAGCGUUAAGUCCAAUAUUGGGCACUUGGAGGGAUCGGCUGGUCUUGCCGGUCUGCUCAAAGCCAUCCUUACCGUCGAAAAAGGAGUCAUCACUCCAUUGGCUGGGUUUGGAAACCCGAACCCGAAACUGCGGCUGGACGAUCCAAACUUGCAAUUGGCAACGAAGCUCAUGGAGUGGCCUUCUUCUGGUAUUCGCCGUGCCUCUGUCAACUCUUUCGGCGCUGGUGGAAGUAAUGCUCACGUGGUGAUUGAUGAUGCGGCUUCUUUCCUUCAAACACAUGGCCUGAAAGGAUUCCAUCGCACACUACUUGCCGCUCCAGUACUCCGCCCAGCGACUCUGGUGUGGAGUCAGGUAACUCCAGCGACCAUGAACCAGCGGCUCCGUACGAGAAGGGUACUACGCCACGACUCUACGCCUUUUCUGCUCCCGAGCAAGCCGGUCUUCAAAGAAUCGCAAGCUCUUACUCGAAAUUUCUCAAAACCAGAAUCGAAGCUGGCACUAUUGACGAUGGUUUCCGUGCCCCUGACGCUGGCAAUCGCUCUUCAGACAUUCCCAAACUUCACCUCGAUCAGCUCGCAAACACCCUCAGCAACCACAGAUCCGUCUUCGACUGGAAGUCCUUCUCCAUCGCUUCAUCUGGUACAGAGCUUAGUCUUAGCCUUGAAGGCGGCCUCAAAAAGUUCGUCAAACCUACAAAGCCGUCUGGAAUCUCUUUCGUCUUCGGGUGGCCAGGAUGGUCAGUACGCACGCAUGGGCUUUGAGCUCUUGCAGUACCAGGUCUUCCGCCAGCACUUGCUGGAUGCUGACGCCUAUCUUCAAACGCUGGGAUGCACGUGGUCUCCUGUCGAAGAACUCAGCCACAGCGAGGGCACCAGCAAGGUCGAUAACGCUGCAUACGCUCAACCACUGACGACUAUCAUACAAACUGGCCUCGUUGAUCUGCUGCGAUCCUGGGACAUUAUACCUAAAUCUGUGGUCGGCCAUUCGUCUGGAGAAAUUGCUGCAGCGUAA